UUUCUUGGCCGCGUCUCAAAACGGAGCGUCGCAAAAGAAAAAGUGGAAAUGGAGCAAAAUGUGCUUACGGAAAGCGGAGUUGAUAUUGGGUCAUGGCUUUGUACUGCCGUGGAUGCCGAUACGCUUGAGCGGUUUGGUUUGAGGUGACUCGCCGCCGCCAUCGUUUGUUUUCUUUGAUGGAUCGACUUUAAAUUGGGAUGAACGUCUCGUCCUCCCCCCUCCGUCGUCCUUGUCCACCAUUUGUUCAACUCAUAUUUUUACAGAGCAUUUUAUCAUGUCGCUAUAUCCAAGUUGCACGUCUCCAGCGUUUACCACGACGGCCCCUAAUCUCCCUCCACACAUGGAUGCCCGCUCAAAGCGAAAGUGUAGUGAAUUCUUUGGAGAAGACGUCCUCCCUUUCAACAUGGGUAAAGGGUCGUCUCGGAAGCUAUGGGCAUACCUCGCUGGAGUGGGCGUAACAGGCAACAAGCGGGCUAGCUGGCCAACAGCUGGUUUACCUACAGAAGAGGUUGUCGAGGUUCCUAGAAGUUCUACUCCCGUCCAACAUUCAGCAUCCGUUACUUGGUCUCCUCUAGUAAGGUCCUCCACCAGAAAGCUGGCAGACAUUAUGGGCGAAUCGUGUCCACUCGAUGUGUGUGUUCGUGAUAUCGAGGAAGGAGGGUUGGAGGUUAUGCUCGAAAGCCGGUUACCCUUGAUUUAUUUCCUAUCUCACCUCCUUGCUGAACAUACCGCUGAAUCUUUGUUUUUUACACAUGACAUGAAAUCCUUUGCCCAAUCCUCCUUCCCUACUACCGCCUCCCUCCUCCAUCAUUCCCAAGACCUCUUCUCCACCUAUCUCGACGCUGCCAGCGUCCUUGAAAUCAACGUCUCCCAAUCCACCCGCCGAAUCGUCGCCACAAACAUUCGACACCGCAAAGGUAUCGCAGCCUUUGAUCAUGCCGUAGUGCAAGUCAAGAAGCUCUUGGAACAGGCUUGGACCCGAUUCAAAGAAUCGAGAACCUGGUCUACGAUGAAGGCCGAUUUGGGACAUUCUAGAAUCAUUACAAACGAGUCAGAAUACAAGGCAAAAGCGACCUUGUAUUCUGUUCUGGCUAAACAGUAUAAUCCUGCUACAGUCGGAGAAGAUCCUGCGAGAGUGCUUUUAGUAAGGAAAAAGACAAAGGAAGUAGUCGCGAGUUUGGGUAUCGAGCUGGGCAUGGCUCUUUAGACGAGUUUUCCGCAGGCUCCAUUGUUUUUUAUAUAUAGAGGAACUUUUUUUGUGUGUAUCAUAUCAUUGUUUUCUACUGUUAACUUAUAUAGAUAGUUACAAGUGUAAAAUGUACAAUUUCCAUACAGUAUAUACUAGUAGUACGUUGA